AUUGACCAAGGCAUUUUCAUCGUGCGCUUUGAGCUCCCGUUCAAUAUCUGGUGUGGAACAUGCAACAACCACAUCGGAAUGGGCGUGCAUUACAACACGGAGAAACGCAAGAUCGGAAGUUACUACUCGAUGCCGAUCUACGCAUUCCAGUGCAAGUGUCACCUGUGCGAUGCGUGGUUUGAGAUCCAGACAGAUCUGAAGGUGUGAGGCUAAUCUCUUCUUUAUCAUCUUGAUGAUUGAUCAGAUGCUUUGGCAGAUUGAUGCUAGAAUACGAGGUAUGUCAUGACGGAGGGCGCGCGGCAGAAGGACGAAGAGUGGGACCUGGCAGAG